UUAGAUGCAAUUCAUUAUGAUCCUACACCAAGCUUCAUCAGUGACUGGAUAAACAUGACUGCUAACUCUUCCACUGCAUACAUUAAUUUACAACACGGACUAGGAGAGCUUCCAUUGCUGGUCAAAAUAGAAGCUCGAACAGAAGAGGGGUUGAUCUUUCCAGGCUUUGGAUCCGCACAGGCAGAUGAUGACUUCAUUGAUUUCUAUGGGGGAGUGGUCUUCAUAUACAAUGAAAUACAUAUUCAAAUUUAUGUCCCUCACUGGAACAACAAUAAUAAGAAACGGAAUGGAUGGACAGCUCUAUACACAGGAAAUCUAAAGAAAUGGGUUGGGCCAGACGAGAUAAAAAGAGAGUACAUGUCCAUUCAUGUACGUGCUAAGGCUUGGAAGUCAAGUAGUAUGUCCCCUCCCUCCUGGAAAAGUAGAACUAUUUCUGUUCGCAGAGGUGAGUGCAUCAAUACAACACUUGAACACUCUCUGAAGACGUAUCCUGACUUGGUUGUCGUUCAAAUCAACACGCCUAUGGGGACUUUUCAAGGUCAAGGGUUAUCCUCGCUUGCAGUGGCUGGAAAUUAUAAACACUAUGGUGGUGUGUUAUAUGGCGUCAAUGAGACUCAUAUCCGGUUAUGGUCAGCCUGUGAAGUGAAUGGAAGUCAUAAGAUUAAAGCUGUACAAUUGUGGUCUGUUGCUGACGGAUGGGGGAAGGAAGGUUUUAGUAAAGAAUCAGCGGGAAAUAUUACUGUAUUCGUUUGGAAUUCAUCCAGUAAUGCACGCCGAAUAACCAAAAGACUGAAUCUAACAUAUCUCCAAAAUGAAGGCUACAGUAUUUCUAUGGCAAACUUGGCACCGGAAGAGUUUCUUCUUGUGCAGGUUCAUGUGCUUGAAGGACCAAACGAGAACUUCCGGUUUGAUGGCGUUGGUUCUGUUAUGAAUGAGAGAGAUCCUUAUGGAGGACUUGUGUAUGGGUACAAUGAUACAACACUUGGUAUCUGGAUACCACACCCAACCAUGAGAAAGCAGGGGGCAGCUGCAGUCUUCAUACUAGGGGAAACAUGGGGCUGGGGCUACAGAAGUCAAAGGACAGAUGAAGUAGAUAUAAUUAUUACAUCGGUGAUAAAAAUUGGAUGUCAAUGUCCAUGUGCUGUGGUAGGAUCUCUUCCUAUACAAGCUAAUGAGACAGAGAAGCUGGUAAAGAGAAUAACAGAGCUGAAAGCCAACUUGACAAUUAAAAGAAACGAGACGUCUAGAGCAUUAAGAACAAAGAUCAGUGUGUACGAUUCCCGUCCAUCUGCUGAGAGCUUAGGGGCUGUGUUGGGAGCAGGGAUUCUAAUUUCUUUACUUAGUUUCUUUAUAAUUAGUGAUUUCCCAAUAUUGUGGUCACAAAUCAAAACAAAUAUCUUUAUGAUUCGCUGA